AGAAGACUGGCGACUGAGUGUCUUUUGUUUUGACUGAAAUCAAAAUGAUAACAUUUACGCGUUUUAACCCAAAUGACGAUUAGUAAUUCGAUAAAGAGACCUUCUUAGGAUUCAUUAUUUCCCUACGUUGAGAGGCAUAACCUAUGUGUUACCUUUAGGCCCCUUACUUGUUCACCUUGAGAUGAUGCCACCUAACGUCCACGUCCGAAAUUCGAAACGCAGCCCAAGUUUCAAUAUAUAUUGUAUUGAAAUUAAGCUGUCAUUUUUUCGAUAUCGCACGUAUUAUAUGAAACUGCAGAGUGGCGGUACUUUUUUGAAAGUUGCGCCUAACCUUAAGGGAGUGGCUGCGACGCUCGGCAAGUCGUUAGUCUUCACUGACACAUAAGAUGAAUUGGAAACAAACAUUAAUGCACAAUCCCAAACAUUUCAUAUUUUCGUAAUCCAAGGCUCUCACCACUACUUAACAUCAAUUUUUUUCUCUCCCUGCUUUGAAGAUAAAUUUUGUCGUUUUUCUAAGUUUGUAAAAUUCAAAGGUCAUUUUUGAACCCUAUUUCAUGGUUGUCUCAUUACUUACAAGUAUAAAAAUCUAACAAUAUUUAUCUUUAAAAACAAAAGAAAUUGCUAUUUAUAUGAAGGCAAGUUCUCCAAAUUUUUCUUUCCAUUAUCAUGGAGGUUAUGCCCCCAAUAACAUCACUACGCUAACAGAAGACGUUGAGAAUGUAACACAGCUCUGGCUCAGAAUUCUUUCCUGAUGGAAAUGCUGAUCAAACUGAAUCGGAGGUCUUAGAAGACAUCACUGCAGACAAGAUCAUGGAUGGCACUUCUGAUACUGGUUACAGCAUUGAUUUUGAAAAGCAAGAACUCCUAAAUGGUGAGGAAGUUGUUAUGGAAGGCCUCGAAAGUUUGAGUGAUUGUACUGAAGGAAUGGAGGUCAUUCAAUGCGAAGAUGUAGAAUCAGGUCUGUCAGAUGUAGAUCCAAGGCACCGUAAAGUUGACAAAGAUGAUCCUCGAAGUAGGUUGCAUUACAUUAAGUAUUUGAAGAAAGAAGGCAAGCCCAUGAAGAUGUGGGAGUGUGGAAUAUGUGGCAAGGAGUUUCGUCACCAGUAUACUUUAAUGAGGCACUUGCCCACUCAUACUGAUGAGAGAAAUUACAAAUGUGAUGAUUGUGGUAAAGCGUUUAGACAGAUGAGUACUCUAUCUCAACAUCGAGCUAUACAUAGUGAUGCUCGUCCAUAUGUGUGCGAGUGCUGCAAAAAGACGUUUAAUAGAGUUUCUACUUUAAUAUCACACCGUAAAACCCAUUCUGAUAUGAAACCACACAAGUGUCCUGUAUGUUUUAAAGGUUUCCACCAAAAAGGUAAUUUGCGUAAUCAUGUAUUUACUCAUACCAAUGAAAGACCAUACAAGUGUGAGAUUUGUGAGAAAGGUUUCAACCAGAUGUCCAAUUUAGUCUGUCAUAAGGCACAUGUACACGGAGACAGAUCGAGACAUGUUUGCAAUUUAUGUGGAAGUGAAUUUUUAAGACGAUAUGCUUUGCGGCUUCAUCAAGAGUACAACCAUGGGAUUGUUUAUCAAAAUAGUGAUAGACCUGUAUCCAAGAAAAGUCAAGAAGUAUCCCACGGCAGGAAAUCUGAUGGAAAUGUUUCUUCUCAAAAAAAUCAACGGGGCCUUAAUAUUAUGAAGAGUUCUUCUCAGGCAGUGAGAGGGAAACAAGCAGCAAAAACCUUAUCACCAGAAACAAAGGCUGCUACUUCAUCUGAAGUGCUAAUUGAUCCAAUUGAAACAAAGGCUAUGAAGAAUGCUAAAGACUCUGGACAGAACACAUUUGCUCUCUUCAAACCAGCCAAAGGUAUUCCUGUACUGGUGAAGGUAUUGCCAGCACCAAAUAAUAAACAGAUGCUUGUUCCGGCAACUGUUGAAGAUCUCAAAUCAGCUGGGAAAAUUACUGUCUCUCCCAACUAUGACCCAGCAAGUAAUGGCAGCCCCAUUAAAGCUGUGCAAAUCAAGGUUCCUGUUGUGGCAACUGUCAUCCAACGAGUUGGAGAAAAUGGGCAGCUGACUAUAAGCGUUGAAAGUCCUGGUCCUGAGCAGUCAGAAACACCUCCCGAUGAAGAUGGCAUCUUGGGACCUGUGUCAGAUGAUGGAAUGACUGAAGGAGAUGCUGAGAUGGAAGCUGAUGAACAAGCUGCAGUAAACACUAAGCUUGAUCUUGAAGCUGAUGAUGAUGGUGACGAGGACGAUGAUGACGCUGCCGACGUCGAUGCCGAUGCUCAAGUCGAUAUCGGGCCCGACCUGAACAGGGAGCCUGGAAUGGAGACAGACAAGAUCAAAACUGAGCCUGAUAUGAUUGAAAGCAACAUGAUGCACUAUGUAGAUGAAGACGGAACUCUUAUAGCAUUAGAUGGCAGUGAAGCCUCUCAAAUACACUAUGUCCAAGAUGAUGGAACUCUAAUUGCAGCCCAACCAACUGUUAUUGUGCAACCUGGUGCAGCUUCAGAAAGUGGAAAUGAACUCCACCAAUCAGAGUUUGUGGUUGGUGAACAUGAAUCAGGGAUUUUGCAAAUGGAAACAGCAGAUGGGGAAGUCCAGCUUGUGAGAGCUACUGGUGAUGGUACCUAUGAGCUUAUUUCAGAAGAGGAAGCUGCACUGUUUUUGCAAAAUCAAGCACAUACUAUUGAAAUUCUUGAAGAUAAUUCUGAUGUCCAACUUCAGCAAAUGCUUGAAGAAGGAGAUGAUGGGGAAAUUUUGGUGAACCAAAAUCAACUUUCUGCAUUUGUAAAUGCUAUUCGCUCAGCUGGUUAUGAGGUUAUGCCAGGUGAAGCAGAAGACUUGGAGACUGACUCUAAUGAGUUAACAGCUGUAAAGAGUGAACCAGUUCACUUGGAUUUGGAGGAUGAGGCAGACUAUAUGUAAAAUGCUUACUCUAUGUGAUACCUACCGCAGUAUAACCCAAAUUUUUCACAUACUCUCUUCUUGCUAUUGAAUUACAGAAUGCCAUUGCUAAAUCAUCUUUAACCUACUGUUCGGGAGCAUUCUUUAUUGAAUGUUUCGAUUACUUUAAGGUCUCAUUCAUGACUUAAAUUUCCAGCAAUUAUUAUUGCUCUCAAUUAUUUUUGACAUUGUAGUAAUAGCAGGAUUAUUUUCCCGCCUCUCAUUUGUUUUACUCUGAUGCAUGUUAAAUUUGUGUAUGUCCUGCAGCAGUCUAAGCUCUUUCAUUUACUUGAAACAUCCUCUUGCAAAGUUAUGUUACUACUAAUACCUGAACUCUGUGGGCUCCCUUAUAGCUACUUCUGAUUUGCUUGAAUUGAAUUGUAGCCCCAGGGGAGGGGAGGGGAUUGGGGGGAGGUUGGCCAAUUAUUUUUUUCUUUGUUCACUUACCUGCCUGUAAGUGGCCUUUUCCCACCCUUUAAUUGUUUUGUUGGAACAUUGGUCACCUUUGUUGCACUCUUUCACAUGAUUAUUGAGUUAGCAAUAUAUUGAAGAGUUUUUAUCUGAUCACAGUGUUCUAAUUGGUUGGUCUAUUGUAGCUCAGUGACUGAUGAGAGUGGUCUAUUGUUAUUGCAAGUCCUGGUAUGCAAAAAUUGCAUACUUGAGUUUUGGGAACAAUGCUGUUCUGCUUUAAUUUUGAUUGUAACAUUCUAUGUUAGAUUUAUUAUUUAUAUUUGUAUGACUGUGAAACAUUUGCAGUAACACUGUUUCUCUGGUAAAAUAUUAUAAUUCUAGUCAAAAGUGUGUCAGUACUGUCCUUUUAAUUUUAUAUGGCUUUCAAUACACAAGGUCUUAUAGGGGCAUAGAACAUUGUUAGGUAUUUUCAGAUGCUGCACUCAGCUUUGGCAUCAUUUAAAUUUACCCUGGAAUAAUACAGCCAAUGAAAUGAGAAAGUGUGCAGCUCUAAAGGGAGAAAGAACUGAAAUGAUAGCUAAGUAACGGUCUAAUAUUAUAGUACUUCUUUAAUGUAUAUCUUAUAGAGAAACAAAAGUUGACAAGUG